UAAUACUUGCAUCGGAAAAGUGUCAACGGUAAUAUGUUCAAUAUAUGUAUCUGCACCAUAUCAAGAACACCCUCAACAAAAGCUCGCAAAAAGCUUGUGAGCUUGGCAUACUUGACAAAUCAAUAGGAUAAAAAACUUUUGUGCCAGUCUUACUCAACGCGUACACAACAGGAUAACGGUGCAACCUUAUAGCGGCUAUAAUCUUUCAGUUAUUUGGUUAAUUUUAAAAGGAAAACCCUCUUUAAAAGAGGUUUUCAAUACUAGAAAACAUUCAAGGGUAUAUAAAAGCAGCAGUAGCUUUGAAGCCUCAGCAAAAUGCGUGGUCUUGUCGAGGACACGAAAAAGACCAAGUUGUCGUCGACCAACAACAACAACGUCAGCAGCAGCAGCAGCAGCAGUGUCAGCAAUCGCCUAAAAUCAGCUAGUACAGUGGCAGGAUCAAGUGCCAGCAGCACGAGUGCGAAGCCAUUGAGGAGUGCGGUGAAAACGCCAACAAUGAGCAGCACGACGUCAUUGGCAGCAGGAGCAGCUGUGGCCAAGAAGGCGCCUCAAACGGGGCAACAACAAGUUGGCAAGUCUGCAAAGUCCUCGUCGGCAGCAGCAGCAGCAACUACAACUGGAGCAACAGCAACAACAAGGGCGGCAGCGUCAGCGGCCAAAACACAAAAGGGUCAGAAUCCACCCCCACAACAAGUGCAACCAAAGCAGCAGCAGCAGCAGCAGCAGCAACAACAGCAACAACAAAAGACACAGCAGCAACCCCUUGUGUUGCCGCAACAACCGCAGCAACACCAGGCGAACAACAGCAGCAACACGAUUGCCCUGCCAAAAGCCUCGCAUGCCAACACCAGCGAGGAGCUGGCCGGCGGUGUCCAGGACACCAUUUACCUGUGCAACUUUCGGGUGUCCGUCGAUGGCGAAUGGCUCUGUCUCAAGGAGCUGCAGGACAUCGAUGUUGCCGGCGGACCAGGCAGCCAGGCAGUGCAAGCCAGUGAAAAGCUGGGCGGCACUUCGAACACAGGCUUUGGGUCCAACUUUAGCACGGGCUCCAGCUCCAGCAAGCGCAACAGCAAGCGCUUCUCCGGAUUGUCCACCGGAAGUGGCGGAGGAGCAGGAGCAGGAGGAGGAGGAGGAAACGGAGGCGUUCUGGACAUCACGGACAAUGCCCGGGACACGGCGGAAAUCGAGCGCAGCAACCUGGUGAACAUCUGCAAGCUGGUGGUCAAGGAGCUGCUGGAGCAGUCGCUGCGCUACGGCCGCAUGCUGGACUCCGACCACCUGCCGCUGCAGCACUUCUUCAUCGUCAUCGAGCACGUCCUGGGCCAUGGGUUGCGGCCCAAGAAGGGUCUGCUCGGGCCGCGCAAGGAGCUGUGGGACCUGCUGCAGAGCGUCGAGCACUACUGCCCGGAGGCGCAGGACAUUACGGCGAGUGUGAGGGAUCUGCCCACGGUUCGCACCCACAUUGGCCGGGCUCGGGCCUGGCUGAGGAUCGCCCUGAUGCAGAAGAAGCUGUCGGACUACCUGCAGGCCCUCAUCGAGCACAGGGAGGAUUCGCUGUACGACUACUACGAGCCACAUGCUCUGAUGAUGAGCGACGAGAUCGUUGUGAUAAUGGGCAUUCUGGUGGGCUUGAACGUGAUCGAUUGCAAUCUGUGCGUGAAGGAGGAGGAUCUGGACUCACAGCAGGGCGUCAUCGACUUCUCGUUGUACCUGCGCUCCAGCUCCCGGAAUGCCGAUGCCGCUCCGGAGGACAGUGCUCCGCCUGCCCUGCUGGAUGCCACUGGGCAGGGCAACAUGAUUGCGGUGCUGGACCAGAAGAACUACAUUGAGGAGCUCAACAGGCACCUAAACGCCACGGUGGGCAAUCUGCAGGCCAAGGUGGAGUCGCUUACGACCACGAAUGCCCUGAUGAAGGAGGACUUGGCCAUUGCCAGGAACAGUUUGCUGGUCCUCCAGGCCGAAAACCAGGCCAUGCGGCAAUCCACUCCGGCAGCGGACAACAAUUCCACAGGUUCUGGCAGCUCCUCCGACAAGGACAAGGAGAAGUCGUCUGAGGAGCUGAUUGAAGAGCGCCGCAAGACCAGCGAACUGGAGAAGGAGCUCAAAUUGCAGGUGUCCCUCAAGGCGGAGUCCGACAUGGCCAUGAAGCUGCUGGAGAAGGAUAUCCACGAGAAGCAGGACACCAUCAUCUCGCUGCGUCGCCAAUUGGACGAUAUCAAGCAAAUCAACCUGGAGAUGUAUCGCAAACUGCAGGACUGCAAGGCCUCCUUGACGCACAAGACGGAGCUGAUGACCAAGCUGGAGCUUCAGAAGGAGGACAUGGCCAGCACGAUUGAUCAUCUGGAGAAGAAGUGGACCCAUGACAAGAGCAACCUUGGAGAGAUACUGAAGACCACAUCGCAAACCCUGACCACCCAGGUGACCGCUAGCGAAGAGCGAGCGGCCCGGGCGGAGGCCGAGUCGAGGAUUGAACGCGAGUGGCGCAUUUCCCUGCAGGAGAAGGAGCUGAAGCUGAAGGAGAAGAUAUCCAAUCUGCAGGGCUGCCUCAAGGAACUGGCCGAGGAGAAGGAGAGGAAUGGCAAGCUGAAGGCCGAUCUGGACAAAGUGCGAACCCAGUGGUCCGAGGCACAAACCACGCUGGAGGAGCUCGGCAUUCAACUGAGCGUAAGCAAACUGAAGGUUUCCGAGAUGCAGGACCAGGAGCGUCGCCAGCGGCAGCUGCUCUCCGGCUCAGCCCAAUCCCUGCAAGCCAUGCCGGAGGCGGUCGGCAGUCCCGGUAUCUGGGCACCGGACUCCAUCGCCACCCACUGCACCGCCUGCGAGCGGGAGUUCAAUCUCACGCGACGGAAGCACCACUGCCGCAGCUGCGGGGAGAUCUUCUGCAAGGCCUGCUCGGAGCACACGCUGCCCCUCAUCAAUGCCCAGGGUCAGCCGGGCAAACCAGUUCGUGUGUGCGACAACUGCUACGCCGCUAAAUGAUAACGAACUAAGUGUGUAUAUAAAAUUGACUAGGAAUCGCAGGGACAGUGUGCAACCUUGGGAUGUGCAAGUUUUUAAAUUUCUAUUAAAUGUUUAUAAUUAUCUUCUUACCUUAUGUUAAAAAAUAUAAAAAAUAACAGUAUAAAUUAGAAAAAACAUAUUAAAAUUCGUAAAUUUUUAGAAUAUCUCAAUAUUGUUGGUAGCACUGCCCUAGGUUGUGUGACUAUUAUUUGUA